CAUGUUGUUUACUUGAGUUGUUGAUUUUUAUCAGGGAUAUAAAAGACUAACAUAUGAUAUCCAAACCUGACAUGAUAUCUCUAGAUGAUCUAAAUCCACACAGCUGAGGAGCUAUGACAAAGCCCGCUGAGGAAAUUGAAAAGCUUUGCAUUGAUGCUUUCAACAAUAAAGACAAGAAACAAGCACUGAUCUAUCUCGAGCAAUGCUCCGAACCAUCUAAAAUAGUGACAAAUUUUUUCCGCCGCACAGCUGAUUGCGUGGGACCUAGAGACAUUCUCACUAUUUCAAACGUUUCUCUCCUUCACAUUGCAGCUAAAAACAACUGGCCAGAUGUUACCUCAACACUCAUCACCGAGUACCACUGUAAUCCGGAAGCAAUAAAUAACCGCAAAAGCACUCCACUGCACUAUGCUGCUCGCUAUGGAAGCAUGGAAACCCUUAAAUGUCUUAUCACCAAGCAUAACUGUAACCCGAUGUCUUUAACAAGGAACAAAUGGACUGCCUUACAUUGGGCAGCAUCUACUGGACAAGUAAAUGCAUUACGUUACCUUAUUGAGGAUUGCAAUUGUGAUCCCUCUCUGUGUGAUACCAAAGGACACAACCUCCUUCACUUGGCUUGUGCCGGUAAUCACAUUGAAGCUGCAAGGUACCUCUUACAGACAGGACUAAUAGACCCGGCCUUUACCUGCAUAUGGGAUUGUCGGCCCAGUGAGUGGGGUCAAAGUACAUCAAAUGGUAACACUGAGACAAUUGAACUAUUAAAGUAUUACGAAGAAUGUCGAAUGAAUUCACCCAUUGAUACAUACACUCAAGUUUUUGUGCUUGGGAACAAAGGUGCCGGAAAGAGUACAUUAGUAAAAGUGCUUAAGAUUCGCUCUGAGGCUAAUUACGAUAGUUACCCUUCUGUCUCUGAAGAUGGCAAUGUGACUAAUGUUAUGUUAAACACCAUAGGAAUAGUUCCAGAAAAUAUUACAAGCUCAGAGAUUGGAAACAUGACUGUUUAUGAUCUUUCAGGUGAUGCUGAGUAUCACUUCUCACACUCUAUGAUAAUGAAAACUGCUACUAAAGCUGGUCUAGCACUAUUUAUACUUGUAGUUGAUAUUAGUCAACAUAUCCAAGCUGUUAAAAAACAAAUCUACUACUGGUUCAACUACCUUUGCACUAUGUGUGGCACUGAGAUUUUGAAUGUUUUGAUAGCUGGCAGUCAUCGAGAUGUACUUAGAGAUAAUGAUGAUGACAAAGCAAGUGCUAUUGAAGCGUUAAUCUCAAAGGAAUAUCCUCAAAGUAAAGCAACUUUUAUACCAAUGGAUUGUCGCAAAGUACAUUCAACAGAAAUCAUCAAGAUAUCUCAAAAAUUACUACUCAAUUCUUUGCCGUCAAUUCAAAAAUCAGUUAAUGCAAAUUACAACUGUCACGCUCUUUAUUCAUUCCUCAAAUCAAUUCAAAAGUGUUACUGUACUCUUGGUCAAUUAUCAACAAUGAUAGGUACGAGUGACAAAUUUUUGCCACACGAUGAAAAUGAUUUGGCAGAGCUCCUUGCUAAGCUAUCAGUGAAAGGGCUCAUUCUUUUCCUCAAAAAAGAGUCCAACCUCUGUGAUAGUUGGGUAAUAAUAAACAUCAAGCAUUUCCUGAAUGAAGUCAAUGGAUUACUGUUUAGCCCCAAACAUGAUCUAUCCUCAAUCAGCAAUAUUGGCCUAGUUCCAGUAAGCUGGAUCAAAUCAACAUUUCCAGAACAUUCUCCUCUCAUGCUGUCCGACAUAUUGCAUACGCUUGAAGUGUGCCAAGUAAUUGACAACAAUAAUGCUGAUGCCUCCAUUUCAGACAAAUGCUUGUUUUUUCCUUCUUUUGUUCCUCCGGGUCGUCCUAAUUCUUUACCACCUCACAAUGAGUUUGGCUUUGUGUGGCAUUUGGAAUGCAUUCAUUAUUCUCAAUUCUUCCCCACUCAGUUUUGUCACAUGCUCAUCCUUAGACUGGCACUUAAAUUUCCUCUGAAAAGUAUCAAAAGUUGCUCAUCUCCCGUUUCACUUCAAGCCGUCUCAAGAAGGUGUCAAAUGUGGAAAUUUGGAAUACAUUGGAAGACGGAUGAUUAUGUGGAAAUUUUAGUUGAAUUGUCUGAAGAUAUGCAAGAUGUCAGAGUCAAAAUUAAAUGGAAUGAAGACUCUCCACAGUCUAUUAAAGCAAUGAUGAAGCUAAGAAGCUCAAUUAUAAAGACAAUCUUCUGUCUUCACCAAGAGUAUUGCUCAUCUCUAGAAGUAGGUGAAUUCCUAGAGGCACCUCAUGCUUCAUGGGAUUCUGCGAAUCAUCAUCAGUUUGCAAUGCAAGACAUCGUACGUUCUAUUUGUUUGAAAAAGGAAGGAGUACUUUCUAGUGACACCAUGGGGAGCAAAGUAGAACGGCUUGACAAGAUAUUACUUCAUGAGCCCUUAGUCAACCUUCCUCAAAGCAUCCUUUUAAAAAUUUUUCUUUGCUGCAACACUGACUUGUUAAUAGAACCAGAUCUUUUGAAGCAGCUUAAUCAGAGUUUAAUGCCUCAUAUUGCCUUUACUCGUCAACAGACAUUCAGUACAGUACAAUCGCAUAUUGAAAAACAUUCCUUGUUUUGCGAAAGAACUAUUGUACAAACGGUACUAGAAGAGCACAAAGAAGAAAUUAAACUGAAUAUUGAAGAAGAGCAACUCUUACUUGAUUCGCCUAUUAAGAUUUCUGGAAUAACAUACGAUCCAGAUGAUCUACCAAAUGGCCCACUAGAUUCAUCACACUUUCUUAUCAUUGUAAAGUUCUUAAAGAAUUUGAAUGAUUGGUUUGAAUUGGGUAUUCGUCUUGACCUAAAACAUGCAUCCCUCUUAAAAAUUGAGAAUGACUUUCGACGCCAAGAGAGAUGCAAAAUUGAGAUGAUCCAGCUAUGGCUUGAUGGUAGUGAUGCUAGUAAAUCAUCUUUGAUGGAAGCACUAAAAGAUCUUGCUUAACUUUAAUAUAAUGAAUGGGUAUGAUGAGAGGGAACAGCAAUGUUUGCAUGUGUUCAUUAUAGUUUUGAAAAAUUAAUGCAAUAAAAUUAUAACAACAAAAUUAAAAA